AUGGAAUCUGUCGGCUUGAAGCUAUGUCACAAACGUAUUCGCCCAUCUGGAGACCAAUUGAAUGAGUUCCGAGGUCUAUAUACAAGAUUCAAGGCAACAUUGGCGAAUUUUGACGCCGGAAUUCAAGGAUUGUUAGCUAUGGAGUGUCCCGACGCACGAGAUAUUGAGCUUGCAGAUCGUGUCCGGUCUGCCAAUAACCAUGCGCCCUUUAUGCCAUCGACUGUGACGACUCUGAAAAGAAAUUUGGUUUUAAUUUUUAUGGGCCCGAUAACGUUCACUCUUGAUUCCCAACAAGUGAAAACAAGAAACAAGCAGACUGAAAUCAGGUGCGAGAUACUAAGAUCUCAGCAUGCUCAUGUUAUCCUCAUGUGGGCGAUGGCGCUUCAGCCAUCUGUCUGGAAAGCUUCAGGCGGCAUGACCGACAAGACCUUUAAUUUUCUCAUUCAGGACCUCGAAGGUGAACGAAUCAACCGAAUUCCGCCACAAAUACUCGAGAUUGCGCUAUCUCUUGCAGCAGAGGGACCUACGAAGGCCUCCGAAUCACUGAAAACAUUCGUUGAGAAAGUUUCCAAACCCACCGCUGAACUACAAUCACCCUUAAAGCGGAGACGCAUAGCAGGAACGUCAUUAUAUUCAACUGAAUUUGAAGCAACCGAUGAUAGUGGGCCAAGGGAGAUUUUGGCGGCCGAGUCGCGCGAGACACAACACUCUCCAAAAGAUAAUUCAACGAAGAUACAGCAGAAUAGGCAAAUCGACUACCGAUGCUCUUCCGCACCUAUCUCCAAUCUGCCGAUAUUAGGAGAUAGGCUAUUCGGCGCGCUUCAAAGCAGUCACCAAUGGAAGUGGGAGCGCACUGUCGGAGGGACAGAAACCUCUGACUGUUUGAAUGCUCUUGUGCCGAAGAAUCGAAGCCAAGAUAUAUCAAUCACCCUUUUGGUCGGUCAUAAAGACGGUCUCCAGCUUAUCCAUGAGCUGGAGGCUAUACGCGUUUGA